AGACAAAUCUUUCUCUCUCUCUCUACCCUUAACGUGAUCAAGCACCAAUUUUCCUUCUACCAUUCCUUGAAAUCCCAGAGAUUUCUAGGGUUUCCAUUUUCAAUUCCUUGCUGAUGACACGGUAAUCGGACGAUUCACAUGUUCUAUUUCUGUUGAUUGAGUCAGCGUUCCUGCUUCAGAUUUCACUCCUCCAAGUAUGUGAAAUUUUGAGUUUUGUGGUUAGUUGUGAAGCGCAAGCAUAUGUGGUUCUGCCUCACAAUUCAGAAUUUCUGAAUGCUCCUCUACCAUGAAUGUCCUUUUUGUAUUAAAGAGUAUAGUCUUAUUUUGGUCUCAGGGUCUCAGCCUGGAUGAGUUGAACAUCUGAUUAAUUACACAAUGUAUGGUUGUAUUAUGGUCAAUACUUCAGAGAAAAUUGCCAAUUGAUUCUGUAGAUCUUAGAAACUGGAAACAUGCCUUCAUGGUGGGGGAAGACAUCAUCCAAAGAAGUGAAGAAGAAAGCAAGCAAGGAAAGUUUCAUUGAUACCUUUCAAAAAUUUAAGAUUCCAUCUGAAAAUAAACUCAAUAGUAGAUCAGUAGGAUCUCGAAGACAUUGCAGCGACAGAGUUUCUGAGUUGGGAUCCCAAUCCCAAUUACAAUCAAGAUCUCCUUCACCUUCCAAACAAGUAUCUAGGUGUCAAAGUUUUUCUGAAGCGCCUCAUGCUCAACCUCUUCCCCUUCCUGAUUUGCACCCUGCAGUUGUGGGUUGCUCAGAUUCUGCAGUUAGCAUACCUGCAAAACCAAGACAGGAGAAGAGCCCCAGGUCAUCAAUAUUUCAGCCUCUCCCAAGACCAGCAUGCAUUCGGAGAGGCCAAAUCCUUGUGACUUAGAUGGAGAUUUGGUUCCUGGUUCAGUUUCAAGUGAGAUUUCCACAGAUAGUGAAGAUCCUGUUGACUCGUACUAUCAAAGUCCCCAAGUAACUGAUUAUGACAAUGGGGUUAUACAAAAAAUAGGAUUCAGAAAUGUAUUAUUCUUAUCUUUCCCCUUAUGUAUGAUAACGUAGAUAAUGUUUUUCAGCACCUGGAAGUCUGCAGUUCAUUUGAAAGUGUAGGUGGUUGUAUACUCUGCCGUCCUUCUGUGUUUGGUGAUUCCCAUUAGGCAGAGGUUCUAAUGAUUUGUCCCUGCAACAGAAUAAUUUGUAAAUCCAUAUUAUUUUUCAUUAACUUUCUGUCUGAGGUCUGAGAUUUUCAGAUUUUGUCCCACAGCUUCCCCAACCCUCCUGAAUGUACCAGAAAGGCAAAAGCAUUUGAUCAAGGUAUGGAGAUAUGUUUUUAGCAUCCAAAAUUUUUUGUAGGGCAGAGACCAGUGAUCCAUUGCUAGUGUACCGAAAAUUAAAUGGAACAACUUAAG